CCCGGGGAGUAGGGCGGUGUCGGUUCGCCCGGCCCCCGGGCGCACGUGCCGCUCCGCCCCUCCGCCCGCUUUCACAACCGCUGAUGUUUGUCUUACCGGGACGGGGCGCAUGGCGCGGCCGCCGGGGCCGCUUCUCCUCUUCUUCCUUCUCUGCCUCCUCCUCUACCUCGCCGCCGCCGGGCGGCCCUGCGGCCCCGCCGGACUGUCGCAGGACACGAUACUGGGCCGUCUGGGAGCCAAUAUCACGUUGACCUGCCAGUACGAGGUGCCUGCAAAUGCCACAGUGUUGUGGCAGGUGGAGGAGCAGGGUCCAGCAGGGGGCUGGGGACGGCAGCUGGCGGAGGGUAACACACUGCUCCUGCGGCAGCUGCGCUACGAGGAUUCUGGGCACUACAGCUGCUCUGUGGGGAGCCACCUGCUGCGCUCCCUGCGGCUGCUGGUGGCAGAGCCCCCUGAAACUCCCCAGGUCUCCUGCUACCGGCGGAGCCAUGACAAAGAUGUCCUGUGUGAGUGGCCACAGCAGAAGAAACCAUCACCAGGGACACGGGCAAUGCUCUGGGUGAAGCGGAGGUUUGUGGCUGAGAACGCCACAGAGCAGCGGUGCCGCUACUUCUCCAAGGCACGGAAGUUCGUUUGCCGGGUGAAGGUGCCACCGGGCACUGAUGACACCAAACACCUUGUGGUGUCCACGUGUGUCAGCAACAGUGCUGGUGGCUCAGCUGGCAGAGACAAGAUCAUCACUCUCAGCAGUGUCCCAGUGAAGCCAGACCCCCCAGUCAAUGUGACGGUGGAGGCACUGGAGAAGGCGCCGCAGCGGCUGCAAGUGAACUGGUCCUACCCCUCAUCCUGGGACCCCCGUUUCUACUGGCUCCACUUCCAGGUCCGCUACCGCCCUGAGCCUGCCCCAACCUUCGUGGAGGUGGAUCAGGUGACAACAACUUGGCUUGACAUUCGUGACGCAUGGCGUGGGAUGAGGCAUGUGGUGCAGGUGAGGGCGAAGGAUGAGUUCGGCCAUGGCACAUGGAGCGAGUGGAGCCAGGAGGCUGUGGGUACCCCCUGGACAGACCCUUUGGACCUCACCUCUGAAAUGGAGCCUUUCAGCUCACAGGUCCCCACAGAAGAUGGCACCUAUGGGGUGACACUGCCCCCCAUGCUCUUCGGGGAGGAUGAUACUAAUGGUGCUGGUGGGUCUGUCAUGGAAUCCAGCAUCCAUCCUGUGGCAUCCCCCUAUGCCUUCCUGGUCACUGGGGGGAGUCUGCUCCUUGGCAUUGCCCUGUUUGUUGGCAUCGUGGUGAGGUACAGGCAGAUGUGGUGGACAAGCGGGCAGGAGAUGACCAAAGCAGAGGGUGAGGGGCAGCAGCACAUGCUGGUCCCUCUAGGCCUCCCUCAGCCCACACUCAGUGAUACCCCUCUGCUCUCACAGCCUGCCCCCUCAGCCCCUGGAAUGCUCCACAUGACUCACGAAGAUUAUUCCUCCUCAGGGCAAUAGCCAGGGACUGAAUAUGCUGGUAGAUGCUUGGGAGUUGGAUGGGGGGGGUCCCAGGGCUGCCAUGUGGCUCUGGGAGCAGUUCCCCCCCACUAUCCAGUGGCUCUGUGGCUGGGAUGAGCCUCUGAGGAGGAGAAUCAGUGCCACCCCCCAUGGAGAAGCAUCUGGGAAGGGCUCCAGAUUGGGUCCUGGCUGGCACCUUCAGCACCAUGGCCAAGCUGGCAUGGCCGGGAGUGACAGUACGGGAAGCAUGGCUGCACCAGAGCAUGGGAGCUGGCCCAGGACUGGGUUUGGGGGUCCUGCAGGGAAGGGCCUGGUCUCUACAGUGCUAUGGAGGCUGGAGAGGGAGGGCCUGGCUGGAUCAGCCCCAUACCUCUGCUUCAAGCCCCUCAGUGCUCCUUUUUAAAGCACAUGCUGGGGAAACAGGACAAUGUGGCUCAAAUAAAUGCUUUAGAUUUAUA